AAAUGUUCAAACAGCCUAUAGAUAAACUGCUACCUUCACUCUGUGGGAAAACCAACGACAUUCUAUUGGCUCACUCCAAGAUCUAUAGAUCUUGAGCAAAAUCGAAUCCUAAAGAUUAUUUUUACAUGAAAAAAAUUCAUGAGGUUGCCGGAAUGAUGAUUCGGAAAUUGCUCCUGCAGCUAGAGUAGUAGCAGACUCGAACAAUGGACUGAAGUCAUGAAAACUGAAUUUUGGUUAAAUGCCAUAGUGAUUUGGAUUUGAGGUUACGUUGGAAGAGUAGAACUCAUCAUCAAUUUAUUUAACAUAGUGAUUUGAUUGGAAUAUUUGAUUUCUAUGACUAUUGUUGUGUGCGAAACUCCAAAAUUGUUGUUUUCUAAUCUUAACUAAGGAGUGAUUGUUUAAUGGGAAACGUUUGUUUUUCCGUUUUGCGCUUCGUUGCAUUUGACGGCGAAUAUAGCUUAUAUUAUCUGGCUCAAAUACAUAGUAAAUUCAUAUUACAUCAGUGUUUUCUUUGAAUUUUUGUAAAAUUUUGCGCUGACUGAGAAAUCAUGAAACGGUUAGUCAAUUUAUUUUCUAUUGGGUGAGCAAGCCGUACUAUGGCAAAUGACAGAGAAGUUUUGCGAGAAAUUUGGGAAGGCCGACUCCCAGUAUGUUUUCAACUGGACUCUGAAGAAGUGUACGACCUUCAGGCUCCAAACCCAUCUUAUUUAAUGGUUCCACGCUUGAGUUAUUUUCCCCUUGUUACUGAUAAAAUACGGAAACAUUUUGUGCGUCACAUUCACCCAGAUAAACAAGAAGCAGAGAUGUGGCUAGACUACAAUGGACAGGCCCUAAAAUGGCACUAUCCAAUCGGAGUUCUUUUUGACACGUAUGUGCAGUCGAAUGCACAGUUGCCAUGGAAUAUCACCGUGCAUUUCGACAAGUUCCCUGAAACUGAACUCCUGCACUGUCACAACAGAGAGGCCGUGGAGUCCCACUACAUGGCGUGUGUGAAGGAAGCAGACGUGUUGAAGCACCGCAGCCAGGUGGUGUCGACGAUGCAGAAGAAGGAUCACAAUCAGCUGUGGCUUGGGCUGCAAAACGACAAAUUUGAUCAGUUCUGGGCUGUUAAUCGCAAACUAAUGGAAGCCAGUCAGGAUGAGGCAUUCAAGUACAUUCCUUUCCGCUGCUACCGUGGAGAUGACACGUUUGUGCAGAGACUGGUGCGCCCAGUGUCGGAAGAAGGACAGCGCAAAACAUUGCAGGAUCUCGUAGCUGAAAUAUUUCCCAACGAAACAGUGAGAGUGAUAACACAUGGCAUUGAGCCUCCUUGCGAGACUCCAUUGCAGUGGAUGAGCGAGCACCUCAGCUACCCGGACAACUUCCUGCAUCUCUGCAUACAGACAUGAAAGAGCUCUGCUUUUUUGUAAAUAAGCUAUGUUUGUCAUGAAGGCUGAAAAAGUGUGCUUGCAUAUCUGCAUGAGCUGUCAGUGUUGUCAAAGAUUUAGUGCGACCGACCUAUCUUUCAGUGUUGCAGCUCCCAUGCUGCUAUCAACCAGCAUAUUUGUCAGAAUUUGGAAUGAAUUACUUAUGUGUAGUUUGUAAGUGCUAUGCAUAUGGUUAAAUAUAACUAUAACUAUAAUGCAUUGUAUUAAGAUAUUGGAGAUACCUGAGCCUUUGCAGUUUAUUUGUGGUAUAUAAGAGUAUUGCUAUACAAUUAAUUAUCAUUCUAGAAAUUGUAGCUGUAUUAAAAAAGUCUUUACAGCCAGAUUGUAUUAAAUAUUUUUAAUUCACAUACUCGACAACAUAUUUCAAAUUUUUUUUUUAAUAUUUGUAAUCUAUACAUUUGUGUAUUAGACAGUGGAAAUUGUUAAUAGUUCCACAUAGCCUGUAUGUGCAAUCAGUGAACAGGAUGGCAUAAAAUGAACAUAAGAUAAAGGUAAAUUGGUCACAUA